GUCGAGUCGGGUUUCUUCGGUUUUCAAAAUUUUCUUCUGAUCGAAUUUCGGGUCAAAAAAUGGUUCCUUUGGUUUUUACAGACGGCCUUCUAGGCGGGAACUUGCUUAGUUUUCCAUUAAUUUCACUAAAUAAAAUUUUGCGGACAAAACUUGCGGACUUUAGAAACAUAACGGAAAGCAUUCAAUUUUUCAGCAUCCUUGUCGGCGCUCCAAAAUGGACUUCAGGUCAACCAGGAACUUUAAAAUCUGGAGCAGUCUAUGCCUGCAAACCAGACUCUUCCAAUGGAAAUCAAUGCCAACUUCUUUCAAUUGAGUACCUAAAUUUGCAAGAUGCCAAAAAACCUCCAAAUUUGUUGCAUGGUAAACAUUUACACCCUGAAGGGAAGAAUGGACAAUUGUUGGGAUUUUCUGUCUAUAGUAGUGGAAUGAGGGAAGAGGAAAGCAGUAAAGCUUUGGUUUGUGCCCCCCUUUUGCGGUGGGGGCAAAAUGCUUAUACUGACGGUUUGUUAAAUUUUUUAUGGGGGUUUUAUGGGUUUCUUCAUCUUUAA